AUGAAGGAGAGAGCCAACAUCUUCUUCAUCACCUAUGAAGAACUACGGCAGGUAAAGGUCCAAUUUUAACUGUGUUGACCUGCAGCCCCAAUUCUGACAUUAUUCACACAUGAAGCUGCCUUCUUUUUUGAAAGAGUCUACCAAUAUUGGCCAGAAAGGGAUUCUGAGCAUGUGCAAAAUUUGUUGCUACCUCUACAUACACUGCAUAUCAUGUGCAGAGUACAUUUCCUUUCUUCUACUUUAGAGCAGAUGUGACAAUAACCUGCUUUUCUGCCUCAAAGGUAAUGUCUCUUGGUAACUCAGGUGCCCCAUGUGUACAGGCUGAGGGGAGGUGGAGACAGAGUGGCUUCUGCAAGGUGAUAACAUCAAAUUCCACAUCCUCAAGACAUUCAUUUUGCCCAGUGCACAUUGCAUACUGGUACUCAUGCUCUCUGUGUGCCUCCUGAUGAAGGGCAAGCUCUCUACAUCACAUGAGGAUUCACAGCCAUUUGAUUUUGCUUUCUGCAGGACCUUCGAGGCAGCGUGCAGAAGAUCUGUCAUUUUCUUGGCAAGGAGCUGAACAGCCAACAAAUUGAGUCUGUGGUGGAAAACGCCUCCUUCCACAAGAUGAAGGACAACAAGAUGUCUAACCUUUCCACAAUACCAGAGAACCUUUUUGACCAUACAAAAGCAACGCUCAUGAGGAAAGGUAAUAACAUUGGAGUGCCAAGGAAUAAGGCCACAAUGCUGCAUGCCAGGGGUGAAGAACCUCUUCUUUUUCUGUGGAUGUUUGAAUGUCUCACAGAAAAAGUCUAUCAGCAACCAGUCAAUAGAGCGUAGAGUCAGAGCUGACUGUGAACACAGUUUGCAGGUCCCGAAGGGGGUACAGUUUGCAGGAUUGUAUACCUUCCUCUCUGUGCAACAUCCCAUCUAAGUCUAUCUAUUUGAUGGGUGUCCAGAUCAAAAUAAGGAAUCAUUCUGAAAGAGGCAGUCUGGAGAACAAGGGUGUUUCUGCACAAUUUUGAGACCUGGAUAAUGCUGGGGACUCCCUGAAAAUAGAUUGCAGAUUCUCCGGGCCAUCAAGACACAGUAGUUGCCUCAGAGUUGUUUAUGCUAGAUUUGGCAGAUUCUGUGUCUUUCACAUUGAUUUGGAAAGCAAGCAGAAAUUCAGAAGAAAGAGCAACAGAGAUCUCUGAGGUGCAAUAAGAAAGCAUGGCUGGACCCAGCUGGUCCAGGUACCCAACAUGCAUGCAUUAGUGCUGCUGGAAAGCCAAAUCAGGAGGGUGGGAAUGGUUGGGGAGGGGCUCGGGGCAAACAGUCAGGGGGCAUGUUCUUUCCCCCCUAACAUCAGCUACCUGAGGGGUUGCCUGCCUCACAGCUGAGCAUAAGGAAGAAACGUCCCAAUUUAAGUUUACGUAAUUUCAGGUGAACAUCUUGGUGGUUGCCACUUGCUCUUGUCUUGUUCUAGGGAUCUGCGGGGACUGGAAGAACCUCCUGACAGUGGCACAGAGUGAACGCUUUGACCAUGUUUACUGGGAGAACAUGCGUGGUGUGAAUAUGACUUUCCCUUGGGAAUGA